UUCCAGCUGUAUUUGUGUCUCCUUAUUGGAGCAUUGAUAGGCUGUGCAUUAAGUGCUGAAGGUGAUUCUAGUGCCAGACUUCUUAUCUCCAAAAAUAUUCUCAACCAGUUUGUUGUUGAAGGAAAGGAAUUGACAGUGCACUACAGCAUCUACAAUGUUGGAAAUGGGUAAGGUCAUUCAUGUGCUGAUAUACUCAGCCAGCAUUAUUUUCUCAGCAUGUCUAUACAAUAUGGGGUUUGUAAAAAAAGCUCAGAGUUUCAACUGCCAUUAGCAGAAUGCUCUGUAGAGGGCUUGCCCAAAUCACACAUGUGCUGGAAUGGUUUUAUCAGAUUUUUUUUUUUUUUUUUUAACUUGGUUGGUCAAUUUUGCCUUGAUUUUAUUGGCUUUUAGGAUUGCAUGAGUUUAUUGACUAUAAGAAUAACCCAUUUCAAUCCAUCAAUUUAGUCAGGUUCUUCAGUAGAGUUUUACUUUAAUCUUACACCCUAACAUCAGUAUGCAUAUUCUCCACACUGAUCUUUAUACAUUUCCUAUGGUGCUGACAAGGAGAAUUUGUUUGCCAAUCAAAAGGUUCCUUUCCUGUUGAUCAUUUCCUUUAUUCUCGUGACCUUAUUUUGUGAUUCAGGAGAGAUAUUGUAGGGAGAAAUUAGAUGCUAGUCACUCUUAGGGUGUAAAGGGUUAAUCUUACACCCUACAUGGGAAAUGCAGUGGCCAAAUGGUCAGUGCAGUGGACUUCAGGUUGAGAGGAAGGUGUUUAAGACCUGGCUAGGUCAUUUUGUUGUGUUCUUAAGCAAGAAACCUUCCUUUCAAAGAGCCUCUCUCCACUUUCAUGUAUAGCCACUGUGCAAAUCAUCAGGGAAGCCUUCAUGAAAUGCUAAGGGGUACAUAACCUUGCAGUGCACUAGUAUCCCAUCCAGGGGGAAGUAGUAAUACUCCUAGGUGCUUUUAAUUGGAAAGAGGGCUAAGUUCCACCUGGGUAGGUUAAUAGUCUUGAGUACAGACUUUACCUUUUACCUUACACCCAUUAACCCUUUCACUCAUAGCGUCUGCCAUUUAUUGCAUAAUGAUUGGUGUCAAAUCAAACAAUAUCCCUCAGCAGAUAAUUUUCUUACUUCUCAUUGCUUCUUUACUAAAAAUCUAUCAAUGUUUUGAGGAGAAAUUACUCUUUGGUCACUCCUGAAAGCUUAACAUAGAGGGAAAAAUGUAAUCAUUGUUUUUCUCUUAUUCUCAUCGUUGUAUCAUUAACUCUUUAACUCCCAGGAGUGACCAAGCCAGAAUUUCUCCCUACAAAAUCGAUACAAUUUCAAGAAGAGAUGUGAUAAGAAUAAAGAUAAAUGUCAGUUGGGCAAUUGUUAGUUGAUCCAAUACCAAAUUCUCUGGACUAGCAUCAUAAGAACUGUAGGGCAGACAGUAAGGAAAAUUACUUAUGAGAUCUGAGAGUGAAAAGGUUAAAAUGAUUUUCUACUCUUCAGGCCCGCCACAUCAGUGUCCUUGUCAGAUAAUUCUUUCCCAGCUGAUGAGUUUAAGGUUCUCCAUGGAUUACUUUCCGUCAAGUGGAAAACCAUUGCACCGUAUCCUUUAUAUACUUGUUGUAAAUACUAGUUCUUCUGAAAGGUAUCCUCCACUGCUGCAGCAAAUGAUGGGUUGUUUUCUAAAUACUUGUCACAGAUAUCUUGUUGUGAUUAUGAGAUUUUUGCAUGAUGAGAAGGAAAAAAACCGUAUUCUCUCAUCCCCAGUUGCUUUCUCUAACGAGUCUUAGUCGUGAGCUCACAAUCAAAAAUUAAAAAAAAUAAUCUUAAAUCAAAACUAAAUGAGGAUGUUUAAGGAUAGAAAUGAAAGUUCAGACUUUCAAGAAGCUCAAACCUUUUUGUUGUUACUUUUACUAGAAAUAAGUCAUUUGCUGUGUUUGGUCAACACCUUUAGAAAAUAGAGAGCCAACCACCAAAAUUGAUUUUGGGAAUUCUUGCACUAGUCUGGGUCCAAAAAUGAAAUGGUUCUCAUCCAGGUCUGCUGCAGACUUGUGGGUUUAUGACAUAACAUUGUAAAUCAACAUAAUGUUAAACUACCAGUUUUCUUUAACUGGCCCAUCAGUGGUUCAAAUGUAUCGCACACUAUCAUCCUGGAACCCUUAAAGUCUGGUACAUUCAACUUCACUGCAGCACAGGUAAUCUACAAAGCUUCUGAAGAUGCCACAGAUCCUCAGGUAAACUCACUGAAUUGUUUUGUUCUAUUGGUAGUCUUGGUAGUUGCAGCUCAGAGACUGUUUAUUCAUUAACAUUUAGAAGUGAUUAACAUGUUACUUCUCCCAAUAAUAUCUAGUUUUAUUAUUACAUUAUGUAAGGAGAAUAAUCAAAACUAUCUGGUGACUGUUGUCUUGAUGUAACACCAAAUUCUGCUUGGUGAUUUACAAGGAAAUAUGUAGCAGCUAGUAGGGAGAAUUAACAAUCAGACCCCAGUUGUUUGAAGGGUGGAUAAUGCUAUCCACUGGGUAAAUCUCUAUCCAUUGUAUAGUGCAGUAUGUUUUGUUAACACUUAUCCGGUGGGUAUGGAUUUAUCCAUUGAAUAGAAUUAUCCAUCAAUUGAACAUCCAGGCCCAGAUCUCAGGAGUUAAAGGGUUAAGGAAUCUAAUGGUAUGCUGUCUCUUUUUGGGCACUUUUCAAAGUGCUUUGUGCAUUAGGAGUCCUAAAUGUUUUGGAAUAACUUGGAAAGUUAAUGAAUUUUGAAAAUCAUUUUACAGGCCAGAAAAUUUGUGAAAUCUGGGUGUGAUUCUCAGAAAGGCAUGGGAUAUAACUAAAUUAAAAUUAUUUUUAUGAGAAAAACAAAGCAAGAAUUACCAACAUUUUGAAACCAAGCUCUUGAUGCAAGGUUGAAGAAAACAGUGGAAGAAAUAUUAUUAAGUUGAUAUUACAUUAUUUUUUUAUAUGUUCUUUCCCUGGUAGAUUGCUUUUUCUACAGCCCCAGGAGAAGGAGGAAUUAUGCCCCAAAAUGAAUAUGACCGUAAACAUUCUCCACAUCUGGUAAGUUUGGUGGGCUUGUGCAAUGAGUAUUUCUGAAUAAUGAGCGAAGGAUUUUCCAUCUUGCCUUCUAGCUUUCAUUUAGAAUAAGUAUUUCUGUUGAAGUUAAUUCUGCCAGAGAAUGGUUGGUGACUGUAACUGGUUUAAAAAACUGCAUUUAGAAAAUAAGAUCUGUGCCACCUAUACAUGCAAAGUAGUGAUAUCUUGUGCUCUUCAAUGCAAGGACAUCCAGAACAGGCCAUGUAUGGGGAAAAAAAACUACUGUAUUUUUUACCCAUACAAAUUUAAUCUCUACUUUCACUUGGUUGGUUUCUUUACUUAUGUGGUCUUUUCCUGUUUCAUUGAAAGCUUAUUUUUAUUCCAGUGGCCUAUAAAUUAAUUCCAAAAAUCUUGUACUUUCAUCUUUUUUCAUUUGGUAAUUUGUAUGUUUCUGGAUUGGUUUAUCCAUCCAUUCAUUCAUCUUUUGCAAGUUCCAGCAGGAAUAAUGCUUUUAAACAGAAGUAACUUCAAUAACUAGUAUAUACAGCUGUUUCUAGAAAGGUUAUCAAAAAAGGGCAAAGGUUCCUGUCACAAUCUGGAAAGGUAAUCUGGGUAUCUGGUAAUCAAUAAAUUUUAAUAAGUCAAAUAAAUAAAAAAAUUUAUUAAACCUGCAAUGCCUCAUCCUUAUGAUGACAUUUUCUUAUAUCUGACCUUGUUACCUUUCAGUAUUGUAGCAUGUACUUUUAGGCUUUCUUUUUUUUGGACAACCCUUCUCAAAACAGUUGUAUUUGCUUUCUCCUCCAUUUUCUGCUUUUAUGGAACACUGAUUCCAUUUUUUGUAGCACAACUGCAUGUCUUCAUCACACGUUUGAUCAGCUACUCCAGUGUGCUCACAAGAAUCGCUAUUUUCUCCUUUACAGGUGGACUGGGGUCUUUUUAGCCUGAUGUCUUUACCUACCAUUCUAAUACCGUUUCUUGUCUGGUUUCGAAGCCACUCAAAGUAUGAAAACUUCAAGGCAAAGAAGAACUAA